AUGAACAAGCAACUUGCCGAAUUUCAAGAGCACUUGCUCAAGUCGAAAAAAAUAAUAGCACUAGUAGGUGCUGGCCUUUCUGCCUCGUCUGGGCUCCCCGUCUUUCGAGGGUCGCAAGGGUUAUGGAAAAACUACAACAUGAUUGACUUGGCUACUCCAGAUGCUUUUUACAUAGACCCGGGUUUAGUGUGGCAGUUUUAUUCAUGGCGAAGGUAUAGUGCUCUUAGAGCAGAGCCAAACAAUGGUCAUAUAGCAUUGGCCAAAUUAUCACGUAUACCAAAUUUGAAGUAUUUAACAAUCCUGCAGAAUGUCGACGGAUUGUCGAGUCGAAAACGAACAGGUGACUCGGAUGAAACUCAUGUGCAUGACCCAAAGAAAUUAUAUGAGAUCCAUGGAAGUUUGUUCACAUUAAAAUGUACAAGCUUCAUGUGCAAUCAAGUGGAAAAGAACAAUUUUCAUCAACCAUUGACACCAGCAUUGGAGGAUACUGAGUUUGAGUAUUUGAACCAGAGAAAGAAGAGAGGAAGAGAUGAGGAUCAAGCAUCGCAAGAUAAUGUGAUUGAUCCUAUCUUGAUAACCAACAAUCAAGAUACUUUCACUGCAACUUCUGCUUCGCCUCAGUUUCUGCCAGUGAAAACAAUCGACGAAAAAGACUUGCCUCGUUGUCUGGUAUGUGACGGACUCAUGCGUCCAGGAGUUGUGUGGUUUGGGGAGUCUCUACCGUUGAAUUUGAUCACGGGAAUUGAUAGUUUUAUUGAGCAUGGGGAGCGACCCGACCUAAUCUUGGUGAUUGGAACUAGUGGGACUGUUUAUCCAGCCAAUAGCUAUGUCGAGAGAGUAAAGUUGAAGGGUGGAAAAGUGGCUAUUUUCAAUAUGGACAUUGAAGAUGACGUGGCAGAGGGUAGAGUUGAUGGAACUUGGGGGUUUAAAGGUGAUGCAGCAGAGUUGUUGCCCAAAGCUUUGGAGCCGUUGAUUGGAAAGAUUGAGCGAGGUAAGUGCGAUCAAAAGUGUACGGAGUGA